UUAAGUUUUGAGUUGGAAACGAAAAACAUUAUGUGGCGUCAUUUGUCAAAAAUGGAGUACGUUCCAUGGAAAGCACUUCUUGUGACAGGAUGCUUUGCCAUGUAUCUGGUGUUGCUGGGUUUCACCAUGUUUUCUCCACUUCUAUCUCCUCAGCAAUAUCUUGGUUUAUAUCAACCAAUUUCUGGAAACAUCCCCAGUAAAGUGGUAAUGAAUAAAUCGGAAGUGGAACCCUGGGAUCAAUGUGAACUCCCACAGUAUGAUAUCUGGGAUGAUGAGAUAUUACCAUAUCUUAACAUGGAAGUAAAUCCCAUUUCAAACUGCAACAAAUCUCGCGAGCCUCUGACGUUUUUAAAUAACGGCAGUUGGGGUGUUGUUAAUAAAAAAACAAAGUUAAUAUGCAGAGCAAGAUGCCAUACAAGAAAAAGUGAGAGAUACAACGUAAUAGGCAACUGGACGUAUACACCGGGGCCUAUCAAUUGCGAAGUUGUUGAAGCAGUUUGUGCAGACGGCAAGAAAGAUGUCUACGGGUUUUUGCACACUCAAGUGAUUGCAACACCACCAAAACAACCUACAGUCAAAGUGAGCGAGCUGAAAAACUAUGACGUCACAGUGAUUAUGCUGGAUUCUUUAUCAUUUACUCAAGCAAAGAGAUCACUUCUACGAACAAUUUCUUAUAUGACAAACCAUAUGGAUGCAGUUCUUUUUCCCUAUAUCAACAAAGUUGGUGACAACAGUCGACCUAAUGGAGCUGCUUUGUGGUUCGGCAAAUCCUUAGAAAAGUUGGAUCGCUCUUUAUUUGAAGAGGAAAACGUUCCAGUUGACUGGUCGCAUGCCUAUAUGUGCCACGUUUAUAAGGACAACGAAACAUCACUUUUUAAAGAAUAUCAAAACUAUGGAUACAAGACUUUGAUGGCGGAAGACUGGGCGGAAGGAACACUCAACUGGCCAAACUGUAAAGGUUUUGAUAAACCACCAAUUGACCACCUUAUGAGACCUUUCCAAAAUGCAUUGGAACGUGCAAAUCACGGAGAACCACUUACCAAGAGCCAUUUGAAAAAUCAAAAAUAUUGCCGUGAAGAUCAUCACACGCUUCUCGACUAUCUUUCCCAGUUCAUUAACGCAUAUCCUGAUCAAAAUAAGUUUCGUUGGAUUUGGGCAUCUAUUUUGGGUCACGACUCCGAAAAUGGAUUUCCACACUCUGAUAAGGAUUUUCACAAAUUUUUGAUAAAACACAGAGAGCAGCUUGACAACUCAUUUGUGUUUUUCAUGGGAGAUCAUGGCCUUCGAUUUGGUAACGUUAGAAAAACAUUUGUCGGAACAUUGGAUGUGAGCAACCCAUUUUUGGCAGUUUCAAUCCCAAAGAAUCUACGUCAAACAACAGGCUUAUUGAACGUGAUGAGAGAGAAUGCCCAAAAAAUUCAAACUCACUUUGAUACACGAGCAACUAUGCUGGAUAUUCUGAAAUAUCAAUCUGCAAGCAACUUCACCGACCUCGACCCUCUGAUAAUUCCCGGCGAGAAAGGAUAUUCGUAUAUCCGGACACAGCCGGAUAUUUUGAGAAACUGCCGAAACAUGCCAAUUCCUAUGCAAUAUUGCAUUUGUCAGUUCAAUAAAACACAAGUUUCCACAAAAAGUGAAACAGCUAAGGGGGUUGGCGAAGCUGUGGCUCUAGCUGUGAAUAAUGAAAUUGAAGAAGGCAAAUUCACGGACAAAUGUGUUAAAAUGAAAGUUGAUCACGUUGUCUCACUUUUGCAGUUUGACCAAAAGUUUAAAGGUUCCAUGUUAUACACGGCGGUCGUUGAAAUGACAAAACCAAGUAAAGCAGUUUAUAAGGCAAAUGUGAAAAUUCUCGAAAACGGAGAAGUUAAAGUGUUAGGAAUGGUAGAGAGGAGUAACAAAUAUGGAAGCACUGCAUACUGCAUAGGAUCAGAGCAUCAUCGGCCAUACUGUUAUUGCAAGAAUCAAAGCAAAUUAGAAUUGAAAAAAGGGAGAUAAACUAUGCAGGUUUGAUAAAUUUUUGAAUUUUGUGUGCACUAGGGUUUGAAAGUUUUAUAGGUUUCGGGUAAAUCGCUAGAGAUUGUAUGUAUAAUUAUGAAAUAUUAUUAAUGAAUUUAAUACUUUCUUUCUCAUUAUCAAUUUAAUUUUUUGUAAUUGAUUGUUGGAAAACGUUACAUAAAUAUACUUU